GGGGUGGGGACGCAGGGUGGGGUCAGCAGCAGGGAGAGGCGGAGGAGAGACUCACAGCUCGAGCCCAACCCUGAAACACGGCAACAAACACACACUGAAAGACGACCGGGGCGACGGAAAGAGGGUUUAUUUCUCGACGCCGGGGAUAUGAUUUCUGUGAUCCGCCGAGGCAAAGAGUGCACCCUUCUCCUCUAAUACUGAGGUGGAAAAACUGACAUCGACUGUAAUUCAGAUAUCACCCCGCCCGAUCCGAUCGACCCCCCCUCCACUCCACCCCUCCGCCGCCGCUUAGAUACCGAGAUGCACACGGAGACUCGGAACAAAAAAUGUCAGACGAGUCCGAAGAAAUCCACUGCAGCCACUUCUGAGCCUGUUGAGGAGAUGCCAUCCAUACAAAUCAAGUCUGAGCCAGAGGAGGUGGAGUGUAUGGUGAAAGAAGAGCCAUUAGACGAUUUUCCUGAGCCCACAGACCUCAAAAUCAAAUCCUCCCCCCCUCCGCUCUGUGACAUCAGCGCCCGACACAACGAUGACGACCAGACGGAACCAGUGGACCUGUCUCUCAACAAGCCCCGCCCCUCCCUCCCGAUAGCCACGACGACCUCCACCCCUGCAAACCCGACUCUCCAGAACAUAAGCGCCACCAUCCCGGCGGUGCUGUCGGCGGGCUCCAUACUGGCGUCCACGCAAGGGGUCGGAGGUCAACAGAUCCUCCAUGUCAUCCACACCAUACCCUCUGUGAGCAUGCCCAGUAAGAUGGGGCAGCUGCAGACCAUCCCCGUGGUGGUGCAAUCCUUACCGGUGGUCUAUACAACCGUACCCACGGAUGGAGUGGCCACCGCCGCCAUCACUGUACCUCUCAUCGGGAGCGACGGCCGGUCGGAGGGAUCAGUGCGUAUAAAGCCAGGCUCAACCUCUCCAGUGGAGUUUCAGUCUGACAGUGAUGCUGAAAGCGGCACAGAGUCUGGAUCGGCCUCUUUCAGCACGCAAGGGAUGGAUCCCAGUAUGAAUACAGAUGUGGACAUCCAAGUUGACCCCGACUCGCCGGACAUGAAGAGAAGACGUGUGCACAUGUGCGAUUAUGACGGCUGCAACAAAGUCUACACCAAGAGCUCGCAUCUGAAAGCCCACCGGAGAAUACACACAGGUGAAAAGCCGUACCAGUGCACAUGGGAGGGCUGUACCUGGCGCUUUGCCCGUUCGGACGAGCUGACGCGACACUUUCGCAAGCACACCGGCAUCAAACCCUUUCGCUGCACCGACUGCGACCGCAGCUUCUCCCGCUCUGACCACCUGGCACUUCACCGACGGCGCCACGUCAUGAUGUGAAACACUUUUCCCG